CCAACAAAAAAAACAAAAAGAAAAAUAACAAGCGUCGGUUUGUCUGGCGCCCUCGUACCUGACUACCUGUAGCCCGUCGCGCUCGGUCACUCCAUUGCUUUGCAGGCUAGCAGCCUGUGCGCUGCGCUCAUAGCAAAGGGCGACAUCAGAAGCACGGUGCCGCGGGUAGACCGGCCGGCGAUGUUCGCAACGGCGGCACGGUGGGUGGCCAAGAAGGGGAAGCCCAAGAUUGGCCCGAUCGAGCUGACGGCGCCGCCGGAGCAGACGCAGUCCAUCACGCGCACCAUCUUCGACGUCGUCCGGGAGCACGGCCCUCUCACCAUCUCCGACGUUUGGGACCAUGUCAAGGAUGUCGGGCUUAGAGGCCUGACGAGCAAGAGGCAGAUGAAGAUCAUGCUGCGGUGGAUGAGGGAGCGCCAGAAGCUCAGGCUCAUCUGCGACCACGACGGCCCGCACAAGCAGUUCCUCUACACCACCUGGUUCACCAACCCCAAGAACGCGCCGCAGAGGCCCAAGGGGGAGCUCAAGGCCAAAGCCGAGAAGCUCUCUCCUUCCCUUCCCAAGCAGCCGUGAUACACUACCAGGUUCCCGUUCGCCAUGCUCUCGGCUCCGUAGUUGUUUCUGCUAUCGUGUGACAUAAUGUUCAGAAUCACAGCAAACGCUGAAUAUGUAGGAAGCGAAAUAAGCUUUGAUAUGGCUCUGUUGUUGUGCAAUCUCGCUUGCUAAUCGUGAAUUACUGAAGAAUCGGCUCUAUAUUAAGACAAGUUGCAUUGCAUGACUAAGCUGUGUGCCUUCUCGGUUUCCCACCA